CAUUCAACAAGCAAUAAAGACAUUACAGAAAAAUACUUUAGACUUUGCAAACUUGUAUCGUUUUCAUUGCUUUACAAUAAUUCAAUCCACAUAAUGUUUCAAAGUGUGUGAUUUCUAUUUUCUGUUGUUAUAUGUGUGGCACCGUUUUAGACCAUUGAAUGUAGAAUUUUCCAUAUAAAAUUAAAAGGUUCAAAAUAAACUAUAUAUAUGUGUGUAUGUAUGUAUGUAUAUGUAUAUAUACAUAUGCUGUCUCUGUUUUUAAUGAAUCAGAUACAUUUUUGUUGGGCUGCACAAGUUGCAGAGUUGACGUCAUUUAGACCAAUGCAAAAACAUUGCCAACCAAAGCUUGAUGGCAAUAGAAACUUUUUAUUAAUUUACAUUUUGCAUGUCAAUUUUUUGCCCUUAUGUAAUUUGUAAUACUGUAUUAGGUUGUAGCCAUUAGCUGUUGUCCACAUAAAGUGACAAUUAGAUUAUUUAAAAAUGUAUUUGUUGUUACUUAAAGCAAUAUUUUAGAAGGCCUAAUCAGUUUUAGGGGAUGCACUUUAGCAGCAACAAGUCUGUGACAAAGUUACCUUUCAUUAUACAGCUUUAACCUGUUAUCAAAGUGUUUAUCAAUGCACUGAGCAAUGAAAAUAAAUCAUCCUCUCCAGUCUCUAUGUUGUUUCCAGAUGUCAUCUUAAAGCUUAUGAACACACUGAAGACAACUUUCCACCUGGGGAACUGGGACUAUCCGUGGAGCACGUGAAUGCAGCAUGAGGCUCAAUCAGUGGGCGUGGUUUCAAGUCACCUGCGGUCGCCUAUAAAUUGUUUCUGGUCGCAACAUGGUUUUAAUGCUGGCACCUGAGUUCCUGAUGAGAUUUAUAGGUUAAGAUAUUUACCUGAAUAUUCUCCAGCCAUGAGUUCAGCAAAGCCGUACAUUGGCUGUAAAAUUGGGUUAAUUUCAAAGGCUCAAAAUCGUUAUGAGGGGAUUUUGUAUACAAUUGAUAAAGUGAACUCCACUGUUGUGCUGGCUAAAGUCAAGUGUUUUGGAACGGAGGGACGGCCCACUGACAGACCGACACCACCCAAAGAUGAUAUCUAUGAGUACAUCACUUUCCGUGGAAGUGAUAUCAAGGAUAUCACACUGUGUGAACCACCAAGAUCUCACCACGGCCUUCCCCCGGAUCCUGCGAUAGUACAGUCAUCCAGUGUGGGCUCUCCAGGCGUCUACUCGGCUCUUGGACCGUUUAGCCCCCUAAGGAUGCCCGCCUACAACCAGCUUGCUGCCAGUUCUCUACUUAAUCACCAGUAUGCUGCAGCUCUUGGCCUUGGGCCUAUACUCCCAGGCUUGCACAUUAGAAGGGGCCCCAUGGUGGAAAAGGCUGUUCAAACCCUCCAUGUGGACAGAUCGAGGCAGACGGGAGGCUUGACUGCACCCCAGGAGCGGGAGCAGCUGUGGGAGAGAAGGAGGCCCCAGAGGCCCAGAGGAGAGAGUUCCCAAACCAGAAGGGGCACUGGAGCUACGAUGAAGUCAGGCCCAGGUGUGCCCAAUACUCAGCAGGAAACUCGGCAGCAGAAUUAUGAAAACAUGCCGCCACCCAGAAGAAGACAAGGAGCUCGGAGGCGCAGGAACCGCAGCAGAGGUCAGCUGAUGGUGGCAAAUGUGCCGUCUGCCAUUCUUAAGUUUGACACAGACUUUGAUUUUGAUUCUUCGAAUGCACAGUUCAAUAAGGAAGAGCUGGAGAAGGAGGUGCAGGACAGGAUGAAUAUAAAAGAUGGAAAUCAUGAGAUAGAAGAGAAAGAAAAAGAAGACUCGACUUCAGAGGACGAUCAUUUUGGCCCAAAAUGCUUCUACGACAAGGCAAAGUCUUUCUUUGACAACAUCUCGUCUGAUAAUAAGUUCAGUUUCAGACUGACAUGGGCUGAGGAGCGCAAGCGCAAUUUGGAGACUUUUGGGGUCCCUGGACGGUUCCGGAGGAGCCAGGGCUUUAGAGGUGGACGAAGAGGGCGGGGCGCUGCUCAGACUGUAUCUGUUUACAGAGCCAGAGAUGGACAGCUGUAAAGGUCAGAGUUUGAUACCAAGGCAGCAAAGCAACCCCAUCCUUUGAUUGUUCGCCUGAGGUGUUACAAUGAUCAACAAAAAGUCCUGUCACUGUAAAGGAUCUUUUUCUUUCCUCAUUUCCUUCCUCACUUGGAGGCAGUUAAUCUGCCCCUUAUAUUACUAGGAUUGUAGUUUUAUUUUUGCCCUUUUUUUGUCAUUCUGCCCCAUUUUGAAUAUGGAUGCGGGGCACACUAAAUGGUCCACUGUGUGUGACAAUAGUUUUUUUCCCCCCUCAGAAUGUUUGACUGAAGAGAUUUUUUUUCUUUCAAUUAAAUG